AAAGCCGGUCAAAAACAAGCUUUGUGUAACCGUGACUGUUUAUUGGCGUGAUUGGUUCAUCUUUUCAUUCACUUUUUUCUUUUUGGUUGGUUUCAGUCUAACCCUUCAGGUGUUCACUUCCUUACUAUCCUCCUCCUCCGUGACCAACAUGUCAGAGCCGUUCAUUCAAACCAAGGAGCAGACUGACCUCGCAGACGAUCAGGGAUCUGCCAUUCACGAUUUUUUGUCCCGCUACGUUCCAUCGCAAGUCGCCAAUCCGCAAAAGCUGUGUUAUCGGCAUCGUCCUGACCUUGUCCGGAAAAGGAUGCCUGAUUCUUUUAAUUUUCAAGAUGUACAAAAGCAAAUGGAAAAGUUACCUACUGCCGAUCGGGUGGCCAUUACGCACAUCUGGUCGCUUUUCUCCGCCGCUCCGGCCGAUCAGCGUACGCUCAUUCUUAAAGGCAUCUUGUCAACAUGCUGUAUGCCUCAAUUGUCGUUCUUGCAUGACGCUAUCAAACCUUUGUUACGGAUCGAUUUUAUUUCCAUUCUACCGCGCGAAGUCUCGCUCCAAGUCUUCUCUUACCUAGACGCCAAAUCACUUUGUCACGCCGCACAAGUAUCGCAAACGUGGAAACAAUUGGCCGAUGACGACACCCUGUGGCAUCGCAUGUGCGAGCAACACAUUGAUAAGAAAUGCGCCAAAUGUGGAUGGGGAUUACCUCUGCUGGAUAAAAAACGAUCCGCGGCGGUACGAAAACGGCCAAUAUCGGCCACCAUUCCGGUCUCUGUGAAUGAAUCACCUCUCCGCACAGCGUGUGGCCCCUCCACCACCUUCGAUCCUACACCUUCCCCCAAACGAGCAAAGACCAGUUACGGGUCGUCGGUCGAAGCGAUUGAUGGCAACAAUAUUUACCCCGCCUCGUCUUCCUCGGCUACAGAAGCUUCUCCAAUCGCCACGCCUAAAAUGGCUAGACGACCUUGGAAGGAUGUUUACAGCGAACGGCUCAUUGUCGAACGAAAUUGGCGCAACGACAAAUACAGAUUGCGUGUAUUAAGCGGUCACACCGAUGGCGUGAUGUGUGUACAGUUUUGCGAUUUAAUGAAUGUGCUAAUGACCGGCUCGUAUGACAAAACCGUUCGUGUGUGGAAUAUGGAAACAGGGCAAGAGGUUCGCGUACUCACAGGUCAUACCCGGUGCGUUCGUGCACUUCAGUUUGAUGACGCCAAGCUUGUUACGGGAGCCAUGGAUAAUACCUUGAAGAUUUGGAAUUGGCACACCGGCCAAUGUAUACGAACCCUCGAAGGCCACACCGGCGGUGUUUUGAGCUUGCAUUUUGAUUCGCGGAUACUGGCAAGUGGAUCGACCGAUCGAACAAUUCGUGUAUGGAACUUUCAGGCCGGCGAAUGCUGUACCUUGACCGGCCACACGGAAUGGGUGAAUUCCGUUCGUCUUUUCCGUGAAAACAUGCUGGUGUCUGGCAGUGACGAUGCCACGAUUCGUUUAUGGGAUCUUCAAACACGCGAAUGUCUCCGUGUGUUCCGUGGUCACGUUGGACAAGUGCAAGUGGCAUUACCAAGUCCGAUUGGUUUCACGCAUCAAUUUGACAUUGAUGCAUCGGUGCUUCAGCAAGCUCAGCGGACCAGUGCACAACAGCAGCAAGCCUCAUCGGGUGUUACGACGAUGCGAGGCGCCAAUACCACCGGAUUUCAGCCUGGAUGUGCCACCACGAGUAAUCGCCGCAGUGCAACGCCGGACACCAUGGAUACCAGCAGUAGUUGUUCUUCAUCCGAUGCUCCGAUUGUCCUUUCCGGAUCCCUGGAUAACACGAUCAAAUUAUGGGACGUCGCCACCGGCACCUGCCUUCGAACUCUUUUUGGACAUGUGGAAGGCGUGUGGAGCUUGGCUUACGAUAAACUUCGCAUCGUAUCUGGUUCGCACGACAAAACCAUCCGGGUCUGGGAUACCGAAAGCGGACGGUGUAUGCAUCAUUUGGAAGGCCACAAUGGUCCUGUCACUGCUGUUGCAUUAAGCGAUACAAAGAUUGUAUCUGCAUCCGAUGAUGGCGACGUGAGGAUCUGGGACUACGGCAUUCACUCAAAGUAGAACGAAUAGUUGCCUGUCAUUUUUACCCUUUUUUUUUUUUUU